CGUCUCGCCAGGCGAAAGCAAAAGCAAAGCUUUGCUUGCUCGUGCGCGUUUCGAAUCACAUACACCACUCACCCAUACACACAUACACACAUAAAUACAAGCACACACACUCACACAGAGAAAGAACCGUGCAUGGUGCGCGAGCGAAAUAGUAUAAAUCAAAUGAAAACUUCGUAUUACGAGUAUUAAAUAAUAGUUCUACUAUAACAUAUACACAUACUAUACAAUAUAUGAACUUUACGCAGCAACUGCUGGCGCUGAGUGAAGAAUGAAACACAAGUGAUGCGAUUUGCAGGCCCAAAACAAAAGGUCUUAGCCAAAUAUAUCGUCGCAUGUUUUCCAAUGCAACGCUUUUCUUCUGUAUCUGUUUUCCGCAAAACACCCACAUUGCAAUCUCGUGCUCGUGCUAACUAACCAAACUGUGGAUAAAAAAGAAAACGUGAAACAACACAAAAAAAAAACAUUGUAAUCAAUUAAAUUAUUUAUUCAAUUAUUCCAAUUAAUCGAAAGCUGAAAAUCUGCUCAUUAAACUAAACCAACUACAAGCGAAGCGUUUGAAUUAACAACAGCUGCAAAAAUGAUCGUUCGUCGACGCUCUCGCCGUGCGCGCAUGUGGAACAUGGGAUUGCUUUUCCUCAUCUACUACUGCGUGAGCAUCUACUCGGCCAAGGGUGAUGAGAAGGCCGAUAUUCCCUUGGAUGUUGGCGCUCUGCCCGAAGCUGCCGAUGCCGAUGUGCCGCCCGAACUUGUGAACACUUCGCCCAACCCCAUGCUGUCCACUGAAAAAUUCGAUGAGCCGUUGCAAACUACGAUGGCCACAGCGCAUGGUGCGGUGCCCACUUGGCGUCCGAAGCGAGAGAACUGCACGCCACCGGCCAUUGAGCAAUUUCCGCAGCCAUUGAUGAACAAAUGGGCGCGACGACAUGGUGGCCUCAUCCUCCACAUCCUGGUGGCCAUCUUCACCUUCUUCGGCCUGGCCAUUGUGUGUGACGAGUACUUUGUGGCCAGUCUGGACAGACUCUGCGAGGAGCUGCAUCUAUCGCCGGAUGUGGCUGGUGCCACAUUCAUGGCUGCCGGCAGCUCAGCUCCAGAGUUGGCCACCGUUGUCAUUGGCGUGUUCUUUGCCAAGGAUGAUAUUGGCAUUAGUGGCGUCAUUGGUUCCGCUGUGUUCAACAUCAUGUUCGUCAUCUCGGUGUGUGCUCUCUGCUCCGGCACUGUUUGCCAGCUCAACUGGUGGCCUUUGGUCCGCGAUUGCUUCUUCUACUGCGUGUCCAUAUUGGUCAUGCUGAUAAUCAUUUUCAAUGAUGUCAUCUCCUGUUUCGAGUCUGUGGUAAUGCUGCUCUGCUAUGUGGGCUACUGUGUAGCGCUGUGUUUCAACACGGAACUGGAGCGCUGGGCGUUGAGCUUGAAUCUGCCCUUCAAGCUGCCCAGCAAGGAGGAGCAAUCAGCAUUGGUGACCUAUAAGAAUGUGCCCGAAAGUUCCUACACCCAGGGCAACGGGGGACAGACGCAGACGAAGGAAACCGAUCCCAGUGCGCAGCAGAAGCAACAACAGGAUCCGACACAAGGCGACUACCAGAGCUACAAUGACCCCAAUGCCAGCUGGGAUCCCAACGCGGCCUGGGGCGAAGAGUCGAGCCAGAAUCAAGCCUCAGCAGCAGCGAUGCCAAUGGCAGCCAGUGCUAGAAGCAGCCAACCGCCGGUCGAUGAUUGGGGCAUGGGUCAGUUCAAUCAGGGCCAAGGUCAAGAGAAUAUGGGCUAUCACGGCGAUCAGCCGGAUUCGGUGGUAACGGGUGAGCAGGCUGCUGCUGCAGCAGCCGGAGCCGGAGCUAAAAGUCAAGUGGCCACAACGCCGGGUGGCGGCGUUGAGUAUUACAAGUCGACGGAUAAACAGCGUGAGGCACGCCCCGAUCCAUUGAUGCGACCCACGGAGGGCGGUUUGCCAGCAUUGGUCGCCUGGUAUGUGGUAUAUCCGAUCCACUAUCUGUGCAAGUUGACGAUGCCGGAUUGCCGGCAGCAUCAGUAUCGCAAUUGGUAUCCAUUCACGUUUCUCAUCUCAAUGGUUUGGAUCUCGUUCUAUUCGUACUUUAUGGUCUGGAUGAUAACGGUGAUUGGCUCCACGUUGGCCAUACCCGACACUGUGAUGGGCCUGACGUUCGUUGCCGCUGGCGUUUCGGUACCGGACGCCCUAAGCUCAAUAGCGGUUAUCAAAGAGGGCUUCGGCGACAUGGCCGUAUCGAAUGCAAUUGGCUCGAAUGUCUUUGAUAUACUAGUGUGCUUAGGUCUUCCGUGGUUCAUACAAACGGCUAUCAUUGCGCCCGGCUCGCACGUCAAUGUCAUAUCCAAGGGUCUGGCAUAUUCCACACUCUCGCUCUUCUCCACCGUUGUCUUCUUGAUACUGUCGACCCAUCUGAAUGGCUGGAAAUUGGACAAACGCUUGGGCAUUAUACUGAUGAUUUGGUAUCUGUUCUUCAUCACGCUGGCGGCGCUCUACGAGAUGAACGUCUUUGGCUACAUGAACCCACCAGAAUGUGCAAGUGAAUUCUAAAUGGAUAAAACGAUUAACUUGACUUAUAGACCGACGCACCUAGAAUCACAUUCACCAGCACCAAGUAUGCAUAUGAUGAAUACCAUAUGAAUAAGUACGGACAUAAACGAGUACUCGUGCAGUACGCAGCAGCAACAACUAUAAAAAUAAAUAAACAAAAUAGUCCCAACAGCAACAAUGGAAAACAACAACAACAACAACAACUUGAUAAUAGAUGUAAAUGAAAAUGUUAUUGUUAAUGGGACAACAAUUUAUUACUCAACGCGCGUUUUACAUGGAUUUUUACAUGCACCAAUUGAAUGAAAAUAUAUACUAUAUACAUACAUACUAUAUAAUAUAUAGAUGCAAAGAAAGAAACCCAUAUACAAGAACAUAUAUAGAAGCAUAUAUAUAGCACUGUAGAUAGGGUGAAAUGUAUUAAAUUAAGUACAAGUAACAAGUAUAAACAAAAAGCAGCAAAUCAAUGAAAUUUGUUGUCGCGGUUUUAUGGAACAACACGAAUAGAAAAGGAACAACGCAAAAUUCAACAAAACACUUACACUCACAUAUACAUAUAUAAAGUUGACGAAUGUUUUACAUUAGGCAAUGAUUUUUACAUCAAUUUAUAAUAUAUAUGUAUUUAUCAAAUGUUGUUUGGUUUGUAAGAAUCUCUUUUCCACAUAGAAACAUUCUUUCGAUUCUCGUUUCGCUUCUCUUUUUGAGAUCUUACAAGUCAUACAAAGAAAUGAAUUCAUUUUACUUAAUCAAUGAAUGAUAUCAACGAAUUUUUGUUUAAUUUGUUAUUACAUAUUUAUAUUAAUUAUACCCUGUAACAAAAGAUUCCAAAGACAAGAGUCUGUUUGUCUGAUAGAGAUCAAUAGAUUCGAUUAUAAGAGAUGAAUUAAAUUAUGUAUUAGAAACAAAUUUCUUUUUUACUUUACACUUAAUACCGGGUAUAUGCUAGUCGUUUCCUAUUCGACUAGAUACUUGUUUUCUGUUCGUAUUUUGACUCACACAUUUACAUUGAUACCAGAAGCAUUCAACAGGCAGGAUAAAACAGAACAGAAAGUAAAUUUCAAGUAAUAUUUAUGUAGAUAUUUUAAAUGCAAUUUGCAAUAAACGAAAUAUGAAAAUGAAUGUAUAUUUUGUACAAUUAAGUAAAUAUAUUUACAAAAUAGCCACAUUGAUUAAACGAAAACGUCCUAAGUUUAGCCACAUACAACAACAACAACAACAACUAUCGUUUAAACAAAAAUAAAAAGAAAAGUCAACAAUAUUAACAUAAAAAAUUACAAACAAAUAUUUAACAUUAUGGCAAUUAAUGGCGUCAAUUUUUUACUGUAAAUAUAUAUUUAUUCUAAAUGUAUACAAAAUUCGUAAAUCAAAUAAUGUAAAUUUAUAGUCAAUUUUUGGUGCAAAUUGCGUAAACAUUCAAAUUUAGAAAUUUUGUGUGGAAAUUUCGACGAAUAUGGUAGCUCUUAUAAUUUUAUUUUUAUUGCCAAUUUAAGCACGUAAUAAUGAUAAUAUAUUUUAUUAUACAAUGCACUCAAUAAAUGUUAAAUACCUAUUCCGAAUUCCCUUUUUUCGGAGUAAUUCGAAAUUGUGCAAUACCGAAAAGUAUGCAAAGAAAAUGCUGCUGGGGAGUUUGGAAUAGGACUGAUAAUUCAUGUGUAUAAAUUAUGAAAUUCCAUUAUAUCUAAUUUUAAAACUAUAUACUGCCGUUCAACAGUUCAAGAACAGGAUUAACUAUUAAAAUUUGUAAUAAAUUUGGUUGCUUCAAUGCUGUUUAACGGCGGCAAUAUUUCACAUUUAUGUUGAAUGAAAAAACAAGAACAAGAAAAACAAUAUGAUAAUAUUACAAUUACGAAUUUGCAUUAUUAUUUAGUUAGAGAAUAGCUAAGACUAUUCGAAUUAACAAUCAAAGCUGGUUGCUUGGUUCCAGACCAAGUAUUUAGCUAAUGUUGAUGCUUUGGUAGAGAAUUGAUAGCAACACCCAAACACACACACACACACACACACAUACACACAUACACAACAAGUCGAAGUCGUUAUUAAUCCCAGGUUUUUGCUAGAAAUGACACUGAAUCAGUAUAAUAAUUUAGCUGCAAGCAAAGUGUACUCCUAACUACAUAUAAUACAAAGUACAUACAAUUUAUUUAGCAUAAAGAGACAAGAACAACAAGAAAAUACUUACAUAGUGAGCAAUGCACUGCUAUAUAAAAAUGGACGCGCUCAAAACAUAGUUACAUACAUAGUUAUACAAGACAUACAUAAUUGCAUACAAACAUAAAUACAAUACUAUAUAUAAUAUAUAUAUGUAUACUAAAUAAAUGGAUGGAACAGAUGGUGGACAAAGCGACAGGGUUCAGUUGGCUAAAAUUUGUUGAAGGCGCCGAUACGAGAUCUAACUUAUCUGAUUGAUUUCCCCCCUUCAAUUUUAACAACGCCAACUUCCUUGAAUCUAAUUAAUAAAUAACAAAAAGCAAAAAAAAACUAAACUAAACUAUAGUAAAACCAAUACAAUAAAUGUACGAACAAUCGCCUAUUGAAAAUUCCCACUAAGCCAUUAACAUAUACAUACAUAUUACAAGAUCAUACAUACAUACAUACAUACCUAUAAGUGUAAUGUCCUCUAAAAAGGACAUUGCUCAAGUACAAGGUUCUUCCCCACUCAAAGAAAUAUGCCAGUUACCAGUAUAUAUCUAUAUAUAUAAACAUACUUACAUACUAUUUAUAAUGUCUUCUGGAGACAUCGUUUUGUUCCAAACGCAACUAAUGUACUACCUAAAACACAGACAUACUCUAUACACCAUAAAGUCCUGUUGCCCAUUCCAUGUGAAAUUAAUAUUGCAUACUUUUAGGCAAUCUCUACUAAAAGUAUUUGGUAUUGAUGUUCAACAAAUUGAUUAAACAACGAGGAAUGAGGAAGAGACCUGUUUAUAACACACAUACAUAUUCAUCGAAUACAAAAAGACAUACAUACAUAUUUACAAUAUACAAUCCAAGAACUAAAAUUAAAUUGUUGCAGAACGUUAAGUGUUUCAAUUAAACUAUUUCAAUUAGCAGUUGAAUUCAAGAAAACAGUUGAAAUUUUAUGGACGUACAAAUACUAAUUAUUAAAGUGUUCUAUUCAAUUUAUUUUAAAUAUCUUCAACUAAAUCAAAUCAAAUCAAAUAUGUAUAUUUCGUGUUACUUUUGACUGUACAAGUAUCUAAUGCAACAAUUGCAACUAAUUACUUAAGUAUAUACAUACAUACAUACAUAAAUAUAUAUAUAUAUAUAUUAAAUUAUGUAUGCAUAUAAUACAUAAUUAUACUUACUGAAGUGAAACAAAGCAACAUUCAUACAAUAAUACACACAUGAAAACUGACUCACAUACAUACCAUAUGUACAUACAUACUAUAUACCCCUUAUACGAUACGAUACUAUACUUAACAUACAAUACAUACAUACAAGAAUGUACAAUAAAUUGCAUCUACUUAGUACAUAUGUUGUUACAUCUACAAGUACGUGUAUUUACAUCUAUCAUUUGUGUUAACUAUGACUAUAAUUGUUUGCAAAAUUUAAAUGAUAUUUCAGAUAUGCAUAAUAUUUAUUUACGAGGUACAUAUACAUACGUAUUUAUAAUAUUAACAACAAAAAUAUUAACAAUAAUAACAAUAACAAUUACACUUAUUUAUGAUGAUAAAACCAUAAUAACUAUUGCUAUUAUACACAACUGUUGAUGUUAUGUUUAGUCUAAUAAUGGAUUUCAAA